CUUCAUAGAUAUCAUCUUUUUCUCUGCCUCUUCUUCCCAAUCCCCGUUCCCGAUCGAAAACGCUUUUCAGAUUUUCAUCCCCUCUUUGUCUAAAACAAGAUGCAAAUUUUUGUGAAAACUCUAACUGGGAAGACCAUUACUCUUGAGGUCGAAAGCUCGAACACCAUUGACAAUGUUAAAGCCAAGAUUCAGGAUAAAGAAGGAAUUCCUCCAGAUCAACAGAGAUUGAUCUUUGCUGGUAAACAGCUUGAAGAUGGAAGAACUCUUGCUGAUUACAACAUUCAGAAAGAAUCUACUCUCCAUCUUGUGCUACGUCUUCGUGGUGGUAUGCAGAUCUUUGUUAAGACUUUGACUGGCAAGACAAUCACUCUUGAGGUUGAGAGCUCUGACACUAUUGACAAUGUGAAGGCAAAGAUUCAGGACAAAGAGGGAAUUCCCCCAGACCAACAGAGAUUGAUUUUUGCUGGUAAACAGCUUGAAGAUGGUAGGACUUUAGCUGAUUACAACAUCCAGAAAGAAUCUACUCUCCAUCUUGUCCUCCGACUUCGUGGUGGUAUGCAGAUCUUUGUUAAGACUCUUACUGGCAAAACCAUUACCCUUGAAGUUGAAAGCUCUGAUACAAUUGACAAUGUGAAGGCGAAGAUUCAAGACAAGGAGGGAAUUCCUCCAGACCAGCAGAGGUUGAUUUUUGCUGGUAAACAGCUUGAAGAUGGUCGUACCCUUGCAGACUACAACAUCCAGAAGGAAUCAACCCUUCACCUUGUUCUUCGUCUGCGUGGUGGUAUGCAGAUCUUUGUGAAGACCCUUACCGGCAAAACCAUUACCCUUGAAGUUGAAAGCUCUGAUACAAUUGAUAAUGUGAAGGCCAAAAUUCAAGACAAGGAGGGAAUUCCUCCAGACCAGCAGAGAUUGAUUUUUGCGGGCAAGCAACUUGAAGAUGGCCGUACACUUGCUGAUUACAAUAUUCAGAAGGAGUCUACCCUUCAUUUGGUGUUGCGUCUCAGGGGAGGAAUGCAGAUUUUUGUUAAGACUCUAACAGGAAAGACUAUCACUUUGGAGGUGGAGAGUUCUGAUACCAUUGACAACGUGAAAGCAAAGAUUCAGGACAAGGAAGGUAUUCCUCCAGACCAGCAGAGAUUGAUUUUCGCUGGGAAGCAAUUGGAAGAUGGGAGAACCUUGGCAGAUUACAAUAUUCAAAAGGAAUCAACGCUUCACUUGGUUCUUCGUCUACGUGGUGGUAUGCAGAUUUUUGUUAAGACCCUUACUGGGAAGACUAUCACAUUGGAGGUGGAGAGUUCUGAUACCAUUGACAACGUGAAAGCAAAGAUCCAAGAUAAGGAGGGGAUUCCACCUGAUCAGCAGAGGUUGAUUUUUGCAGGAAAGCAAUUGGAAGAUGGAAGGACUCUAGCUGAUUACAACAUUCAGAAAGAAUCCACUCUUCACCUUGUCCUCCGUCUUCGCGGUGGUGAUUAUUGAGAGGUUGUUCAUGUCCGCAGUGUCCCUCCAGGAGUAUGUUUCUUAAAUUCUCGGUUAAUUGUCCAAGUAGUUCUUUUCUUUCUCGUUUUAUUUCGAGACUUUCUUACGACUUGCUGUUGUAUCAUCUGGUAACAUUGCAAUGAGGUAUUUACAGUUUUAAGGUUAGGUGAAUUGAAUUCAUGAACUUCUAACAGAAGUUGCUUGGAUGAAUAUUUUCUCUUUGUUUGCUUGGAGCAAUGUUUAUUUUAAGAAAAUUUUCAGAAAA